GAAAGAGAAGGAACAAGAGGGAGUUGGGAAGAAAAUAAGUAAAAAUGAAGCCUCUCAGGACCUCCCCCAGGCCUGAGGCAAGGAGGACAGGAAAUGCCUUCAUCAUAGCAUCCAUGCUUCUUUCUCUCUGCAUCAUCUCUCUUAUCAAGGCUCGCUACUGUGCGGUUCCAUUUGGUAAGUUGCAGGAGUCUACCGAAUUGGAACUAGCCAUGGAAGCUCUAAGGAUGGUGACAGCCAAGAGAGGCGACCCUGCUUCAAAAGGGGAAAAGGAAGAAAUAGCUGCUAUGGAUCUCAAGAAACCAUUAUGUGUGGAAACAAGCCGGAGAUCUGAUGUUUGCGAGGCAGAAGGCGAUGUGAGGGUGAAAGGAAGCUGGCAGACCAUCUUUGUGCACCCUUCCCUGGCAAGCCAAGAAUGGAAGAUGAAACCUUAUGCCCGUAAGCAUGACCGGCCCGCUCUUGCUCACAUCAAAGAAUGGACAAUUAAGCCGUUCCCAGAUCAAGAACCAGCCCCGACCUGCACCGAGAACUAUACAAUCCCCGCGGUGGUGUUCUCGAUCGGUGGGUACACCGGAAACCUCUUCCAUGACUUCACCGACGUGCUGGUCCCCCUGUUCAUCACCUCCCACCACUUCCAUGGUGAUGUCCAAUUCGUCAUCGCUGACGCAAAAUCCUGGUGGCUGAGCAAGUUCAGCUUAAUCCUCAAGCAGCUGUCCAAGUACGAGAUCAUCGACGCCGACAACGACCAAGACGUGGUGCGAUGCUUCCCUCGUGUGAUCAUAGGACUCAACUUCCACAAGGAACUGGGCGUCGACCCUGCCAAGGCUCCAAACGGAUACUCCAUUAUGGACUUCAAGGAGAUGCUGAGGAAAGCGUACGGCCUAGAGAGGCCGACGGCAGAACCGUCGGGUGACCAAUGGGACGUAAGGAGGAAGCCCAGGUUGCUGAUCAUAUCUCGCAAGAGCUCGAGAGUGUUCUUGAACGAGAGGGGGAUGUCGGACAUGGCCAUGAGUCUUGGAUUCGACGUGAGGAUCGCCGACCCCGAUGUAGCCACCGACUUGGGCAAGUUCGCGAGGCUGGUGAACUCCGCCGACGUGAUGAUCGGAGUCCAUGGCGCCGGGCUCACCAACAUCGUCUUCCUCCCUGCAGGGGCUGUGCUCAUCCAGGUUGUUCCCAUGGGCAACCUGGAGUGGCUGGCAAGAGACACCUUCGAGAAUCCAUCACCAGAUAUGCAGCUCAGGUACUUGGACUACCGCAUCCAAGCGGAUGAGAGCACGCUUAGUGACCAAUACCCGAAAGAUCACCCUGUGUUCACAGAUCCCCAAUCAAUCCACAAGAAAGGCUGGAAUGAGCUGAGCAGAACAUACUUGGAGAACCAAGAUGUGAAGCCUCAUCUGGGCAGGCUGAGGAUCACAUUGUUAGAGGCUCUCAACACAUUGUCGCACAGCCGCAAGAUGACUCAGUGAUGGCUUCCACCUGGAAUCCGUUGUUCGCUUUUCUUUUUCUUUCAGAAACAUAACCCAUCAUCUUGUUGCAAGAAAGAUGGAUGGAUAGGUCGGUAUAUAGCUAGUUAGAUGCAUGGCUGGAUAGAUAAUAUUGUGCUGCUAUAGGGAAGUAUAGUGAUGCUUACACCUUGUGAUUACAAACAACGAGUGUACUGGAGAAAAGAAAGAUCAACGCCAGAAUAGUUUGAAUAUGAUGCAGAGUAGUAUUACUUUA